CACUCAUUUUAUGAAAGCGGGGAGCAAAAUCAAAUGUCUCUUCUUUUAAUAGGUUGUAAAAUACUUUAUAUCCUGUAAAGGAAUAACUCUGGAAUAAAUAUUUUGGGAGCAUGGUGAAGAAACCCUAUGAAUUCUGAUAGCAAGUUCCAUGUUAUAUCUGUAUGCUAUUAAAAUUCAGACAGAAGAAAGCAUUGUUUUGAAAGUUAUCAAUUUGUUGAAAAUGGCUGCGUGGUCUUAUUCUUCUGAAGUUUUAUAUCUCUCUCUUUAGACUCUUAAGUGGAGGAAACUAUGAGGAAAGUACACACUCAGGACAGAAAAAGGAAUUGAAUUCUACAGUAAGCUUGGUUAUUUGUAGUCAGAAGUAUGUUGUCCUGUGUGAGACUGACAUCAGGCAGAUUGAAUGCAGAGCUGACUCUGUGUGUGUGUGUGUCUGUGUCUGUGUCUGUGUGUGUGUCUUUUAAAGUCCCACUCAGAGUAUGAAGGAAAUACAAGGGCCACCACAGCAACCCUUGGGUCUGUCAAGAAUGUACCUAUUUAUAACAUGCUGGAUCAAGUGUCACACACCAUAGGAGAUGAGGAAGGGGUAGAGACUGACUUUUACAGAUUUCUGCGGAUAGUAAAUGGCCCUCUGGUGUGUUUACAGUACAGCUGUGUACUCUUAAUGGCUCUGCUGCUACCAUGUCAGGUAAAGUUUUCUUUGCACGUGAUGAAUGGCAGAGAAUUCUCUAGUGAAGGAACCAAAAGAACUGGGAGGAGGAAAGGGGAAGAGAGGAGAGUAAAACAGAGAGAAAAAGAAACUCACAGCUGCAGAGGGACAUCGCAUGAGCUUUGCAGUUGCUUAUAUGGAUAGAAACCAGAUGCUGUCUGCUUCAGCAACUGAGGCCUUCAGGAGCAAGGACACACUUCAAGAGCUGCCUCACAUUGUGACAUGUCUGAUCUCUUGCUCUCAUCUCUUCAGCAUGAACAAGGGUGUGAACGGCAUGUCUGUGGAUGAGAAGCCUGACUCCCCCAUGUACGUGUAUGAGUCCACAGUCCACUGCACCAACAUCCUCCUGGGCCUCAAUGACCAGCGGAAAAAGGACAUUCUCUGUGACGUGACUUUGAUCGUGGAGAGGAAGGAGUUCCGAGCCCACCGGGCCGUGCUGGCUGCAUGCAGUGAAUACUUCUGGCAGGCUCUGGUUGGACAGACAAAAAAUGACUUGGUGGUCAGCUUGCCUGAAGAGGUCACAGCCAGAGGCUUUGGGCCACUGUUACAGUUUGCCUACACUGCCAAGCUGUUACUCAGCAGAGAAAACAUCCGCGAGGUCAUCCGCUGUGCUGAGUUCCUGCGUAUGCACAACCUGGAGGAUUCCUGCUUCAGCUUCCUACAGACCCAGCUCCUGAACAGCGACGAUGGCCUCUUUGUGUGUCGAAAGGACACUGCGUGCCAGCGCCCCCAUGAGGACCAUGAGAACUCUGCAGGAGAAGAGGAGGAAGAAGAGGAAGAGACUAUGGAUUCAGAGACAGCCAAGAUGGCUUGCCCCAGGGACCAGAUGCUUUCACACCCCAUCAGCUUUGAGGCCACUGCCAUCCCAGUAGCAGAGAAGGAAGAAACUUUGCUCCCUGAAUCUGAUGUGCCCACAGACACCAAGGAAAACUCGGAGAAGGAUGCGUUGACACAGUACCCCAGAUACAAGAAAUACCAGCUUGCAUGUACCAAGAAUGUCUAUAAUGCAUCAUCACACAGUACCUCAGGUUUUGCAAGCACAUUCAGUGAAGAUAGCCCUGGCAACAGCCUCAAGCCAGGGCUUGCCAUGGGGCAGAUUAAAAGUGAGCCACCCAGUGAAGAGAACGAGGAAGAGAGUAUCACACUCUGCCUGUCCGGAGAUGAGCCUGACAUCAAGAACAGAGUAGGGGAUGUUGAGAUGGAUCACAAGCAGCCCAGCCCUGUCCCCACCCCCACCACCCCAACUGGAGCCACCUGCCUGGAUAGAGCCAGGAACGUGUCCUCGCCUUCCUGCUUAAGGUCUCUGUUCAGUAUAACAAAAGGUGUGGAGUUGUCUGGCCUGCCCAGCACAUCUCAGCAGCACUUUGCCAGGAGUUCAGCAUGCCCUUUUGACAAGGGGAUCACUCAGGGUGACCUUAAAUCUGACUACACCCCAUUCACAGGGAAUUAUGGACAGCCCCAUGCAGGCCAGAAGGAUGUGUCCAACUUCACAAUGGGGUCUCCCCUCAGGGGGCCUGGGAUGGAGGCUCUCUGCAAACAAGAGGGAGAACUAGAUCGGAAGAGCGUGAUCUUCUCCUCAAGCACUUGUGACCAAGGGAGCACUUCUGUGCAUUCAUAUUCUGGAGCAAGCAAUUCGGACAAAGACAUCUCGGAGCCGGUGCCAAAAGGUCUAUGGGUGGGAGCUGGCCAGUCCCUCUCCAGUUCACAGGCCUACUCUCACAGUGGACUGAUGGCUGACCACUUGCCAGGCAGAAUGCGGCCCAACACCAGCUGCCCAGUGCCAAUCAAAGUCUGCCCUCGCUCACCUCCUCUGGAGACCAGGACCAGGACUUCCAGCUCCUGCUCCUCCUAUUCCUAUGCAGAGGAUGGGAGUGGGGGCUCGCCCUGUAGCCUCCCUCUCUGUGAGUUCUCCUCUUCACCCUGUUCCCAGGGAGCCAGAUUUCUUGCCACAGAACAUCAGGAACCAAACCUGAUGGGAGAUGGAAUGUACAACCAAGUCCGACCCCAAAUUAAAUGUGAGCAGUCUUAUGGAACCAACUCCAGUGAUGAAUCUGGAUCAUUCUCGGAAGCAGACAGUGAGUCGUGUCCCGUGCAGGACAGGGGCCAGGAGGUCAAACUUCCUUUUCCUGUAGAUCAAAUCACAGACCUUCCAAGGAAUGACUUCCAGAUGAUGAUUAAGAUGCACAAGCUAACCUCAGAACAGCUAGAGUUCAUUCAUGAUGUCCGGCGGCGCAGCAAGAAUCGCAUUGCAGCCCAGCGCUGCCGCAAGAGGAAACUGGACUGUAUUCAGAAUUUAGAAUGUGAAAUCCGCAAAUUGGUGUGUGAGAAAGAGAAACUCUUGUCAGAGAGGAACCAACUGAAAGCGUGCAUGGGGGAGCUGCUGGACAAUUUCUCCUGCCUCUCCCAGGAAGUGUGCCGCGACAUCCAGAGCCCCGAGCAGAUCCAGGCCCUGCACCGGUACUGCCCGGUCCUCAUACCCAUGGAUCUCCCCGGAGCCUCCAGUAUUAACCCCCCUCCCUUGGGUGUUGAGCAGAGCCUUGCAGCCUCCCAGUGUGCAGUGGGCGAAAGUGCGCCCUGCUGCUUGGAGCCAGGUGUGGCUCCGCCCGGGGCCCCCUGGGCACCAAGCCACCCCUCUGAGAAUUGUACCUCCGGGAGGAGAUUGGAAGGUACUGAUCCUGGAAAGUUCUCUGACAGAGGCCCUCCUCUGGAACACAGGAGCCAGUCCGUGACGGUGGACUUCUGCCAGGAAAUGACGGAUAAGUGCACGACGGAUGAACAGCCUAGGAAAGAUUAUACCUAGGAACUCAGAUCUGCCUCCCAACCUUCACACCUCUCCCAUCCAGGUGUUCUUCAGUCAGCCUGUGGCACUGUACAAUUGUUGUCUCGAAGAACCAAGAACAAAUCUGGUGCACACUACAGUGGUCUUAGCAGCAAUACUGUUCUGAAGUAUUCCCUGCUGUCUUCAAGCAGGAGUCAGAGAUAGUUUCCCUUCGCAAUGGUGCUACCCCUUGCUCAGGCAAGGGAAGACAACAGUGCUGACACUGUCUGUCUGUGGGUUUUUUUCAGUCUUCACAGGGAUAGACGACAACACCUCUAGGACCCCACCACGGAUUUUUUUUCUCAGUGGCCCAUGUCACAAACCCUAUCUCAGGAAUCUCUUCUGAAUGUUCAAUUUUUUUCAUUAAUGACAGCUUCUAUACACAUCAAAGUUUUAUAGCUAGACUGUACAUAGUAUAUAUAAUAUAUAUGAAAUAUAUAUAUCCAUAUGCAAAAGUCCUGCAUGCCUCCGUUUUUUCACCCUAAAACUGGAAACUUCAUUUCUCAUUUAUAAACAGGUUCCAACAUUCCUCUUCUUUUGUCUGUAUUGCUAGAACCAGUUUGGUAACCAUCAACCUGCUCAUUUUUCUUGCUUCAUGGUUCAGUUUCAAUUUGUACUUAUUUAUGGACAAAAUUCAAUCAUGUUGGAAGCUUUUUUCUUUUUUGUAAAGUUUAAUUCAGGCCUUUUCUCUUUGGUUUGGGUUGGGCACCGCCAAAUGGUGUCAUGUGAGCAUUGUGGGUUUGUGCUUUGUAGGGUUUUUUUUUGUUUUUGUUGUUGUUGUUUUCUUCUUGCAGAUACUGUACAGUAAUGGUCAACUCUGCCACUUGCACUGAGUUUUGGGUCAGACCUAUUUUCUUAAAUGAAGUUGUAACUUCAGUGUAACUCAAGUAUACUGUAUUUUCUUUGCUUUUAGUUAAAAGGUAAAACAUUUUAGCUAAUUAAAAAGCACUCAGGUGAUAAUUAUGUAGGAAAAAAAUACAAUCUUGCCAAAUAAUGAAUUCAUCCUAGGAUGUGUAGACAAUAAUCCGCUUGAAUAUUUUUCUAUCUCACCUCCUCCCCAGCUUGCCCUACGUAGAGUUUCACUGCAGAUCACGUUUGGAGUUAAUGCUGGAGGUUCAGUUUCCUAAUUGGGGAGGAUUUAGGUGUCUCACUCAAGAGUACAUCACAACAGCAGGAAUCUGAGUUUGUACCGGAACUCGGCAGGCAUUGGCUCCUAGAAAUCAAGGUAGAACUAGUUCUUACCCAGGGAGUAUGUCACAUUCAUUUCAGCACUUCAUCCAGCCUUGGCUUGCUCUUGGAAGUGUUAGACAGUAGGACUUUCUCCUUUGAAGGAGGUGGCUAACAAGCCACCCCACUUUCCUACCCAGGAUUCCCUCCCAGGACAUCUCCCUGAGAGGAUUUGAGUCACGGCCUGGGUAUUCUGCCUUUAAGUGGCAGCUCCUAGGUUAAUGCAGCUUGUAAAAGCAGGAGAGAGCAGGGCAUAUGGAAGCCUGAGAUCUAACCCUGACACAGGCUGACAUAUAUCUUUGUCCUCUCUUCCUCUAAAUGCUUUGAGUUGUACUCUGAGGUUUCUCUGCUGGUCUCUUGUCUGAAGGCAGCUUCACACUGAGGCUUCAGACAAGGCCUCGCCAGGAGCCCUUCUUGCACACACCCCGUACCCUCACCUGAGGGCUUGCUUCCCUUGCUGUAAAGUUGGUUGGCUUGCAACUCAGACAGAGCAGCUUUCCUGGCUCUGGGGUGUCCUGGCCCUGGCCAUGUUUGCAGGAAGGCGUUAGCUCUUUCCUUCCAGUGGUCCCCCUCUUCUCUAGUUCAGCAGCUAGAGGGCCACUGCAGCCUGGCUGUGCAAGGCUGUCCAGAACAGUUUGAUGUGGGGAUGGGGUGGUGGGCAGUCGGGGAAUAGAUGAUUGACUUUGUUUCUUGAUUUGUGCCAUUGUUUUGGACAAUAUUUAAAGCUGCAUGUAAAAGGAGAACUUUAGUAUAUGAUUAGUAGGCAAAAAAAAGUGAAAUCAUAGUAACCUAUGUUUUAGUAUUAUUAACUUUUUUCUGUACAAAUAGUAGCACUAAAUGUUUGAAUAUGUAUGAAUGCCAGAAAUGUGUUGGUUCAUGCAGUAGGAUUUUUUUAAGGCUUUUCUUUUCAAAUAGUUCCACUUUUAAAACCUGCCUCUGGGUUUUCGUUUCCUCCCGUGUGUCUGUGUGUGUAUGUGUGUGUCAGAGACAGAUUUGGAGAACUCUCUGCGUGGAAGCUACCAUUUUUGUCCUGCUUGUUGGAAUUUCUUGGCCUAGUAGAACAGUUCUGUGUUUCUCCAGGAGUUCUGCCUUUGUGAGAAACUGGUGACAGCUAGAAUUUUAAUUCAAUGUGAAUCACAUGAUACUUCAUAACUGUGUGUUAUGGUGGAGCAGUCAGAAGACAGUAUUUCAUUUUUUUUCACUUUCUUGUCGCCUUUUUAAGUGCUCUCUCCUGUUCUUUUGAAGAAACAAACAAGGAAUGUUUUCUGCUCAUAUCAUAACCAGAUGCAAAGCAGCUUCUUGGCUUGAUUUGCUUUAGUAACUCAUGUGCAACUGGUAGGCUUGACCUCAUUCCAUCUGUUCCCC